ACAGAAAGAUGAGAACUGUGAUGAAGGGUGGUAUUUGGACAAACGCGGAAGAUGAAUUUCUCAAAUCCGGAGUUACAAAAUAUGACAGUAACCAGUGGUCUCGAAUCUCUACAUUACUUCCACGCAAAUCUGCCAUUCACUGCAAAGCUAGGUGGUGCCAAUGGCUUGAUCCUUCCAUUAAAAAGAUUGUUGAAUGGACGAGAAGAAGAUGAAAGGCUUCUUCAUCUUUCAAAGGUCAUGCCAUCACAAUGGAAAACAAUUGCUUCAACUAUUGGGAGAACUUCUUCUCAGUGUAUUGAUCGCUACGAGAAGCUUCUUGAUGCUGCAUGUGGUGUGGAUAGUAAGAGUGAUGGACCUGAUAAUUAUGAUCCGAGGAAGUUGCGUCCAGGAGAGAUUGACCCUAAUCCUGAAACGCGGCCUGCUCGUCCUGAUCCUGUUGAUUGGGAUGAUGACGCGAAGGAAAUGCUGUCAGCAGCGCGUGCCAGGUUAGCCAACACAAGUGGGGAAAAAGCGAAAAGAAGAGCGAGAGAGAAAAUCCUUGAAGAAGCCAGUAGACUUGCUUGUUUGCAGAAAAAGAGAGAAAAUCCUUGAAGAAGCCAGUAGACUUGCUUGUUUGCAGAAAAAGAGAGAAUUAUUGGCUGCUGGGACCGAAACUAAGCAACAGCGUGGAAAGCGAAGGUCACCGACUAUAAUGCCGAGGUCUUCAUGGAGAAGAAGCCUCCAUCAGGGUUUUAUGAUGUGACACAUGAAGCUAUAAGAACAUAAUUUUUCGGAAGUGAAGUUUGUAUUGCUGGUGAACAAGCUAACUGAUCCGGAAAUGGUAAUGAGGCUGCAGGUCCACUAGGAGAUCCUCUGCAAAUAUAGAUCAAACAAUUGAACUUGGGUGAAUUUUUAUGCCAAGACUGUACAUUAUUUCCUUUUUCUGUAAUUGGUGAUAUCCACUAGAACAGCUCUUGUGAAGACAAUUAUUUCACAUUAUUUGUCAA